AUGAAGACACUGACGGGGAUACUGGAAGCAGACCCAUGGCAUCAGCUGCAGUGUUUCUGCUGUGUUCAUCUUCUCAGAAAAUUCUGUGACCCGCUUCUCUGGGAGCUUUUAACAUUCUUCACCGGAACCAGAGCUCCACAGAGUCUUUCUUUUCCUCGGAGAGCCGUGGCUGGCAGGGACCUCCCUCCGCCGCCCCUCCAGCAAGCCACAGAACAUGCCCUCACGGGACAAGAUGUGUUGUGCUCUGGACAAGUUUGGUACAACCAGGCUACCAGAGGUGAGCGACCUGUGAGAGUUUAUGCUGAUGGAAUAUUUGACUUAUUUCACUCUGGUCAUGCUCUAGCUCUGAUGCAAGCAAAGAACCUUUUCCCUAAUACGUACCUCAUUGUGGGAGUUUGCAGCGAUGAGCUCACACACAACUUCAAAGGCUUCACGGUGAUGAAUGAGAACGAGCGCUAUGACGAGUCCAGCACUGGGCUGUACGUGGAUGAGGUAGUGAGGAAUGCCUGGACCCUGACACCUGAGUUCCUGGCCGAACACCGAAUAGAUUUCCUAUGAUGAUAUCCUUAUUCAUCUGCUGGAAGUGAUGAUGUUUAUAAGCACAUCAAGGAGGCAGGCAUGUUUGCUCCAACACAGAGUGAUUGCAGCUGCACCACGUCAGACAUCAUCACUCGGAGGCGGGACUACGACGUGUAUGCGAGGCGGAACCUGCAGCCUAGCACGGCAAAGGAGCUCACUGCCGUUUAUCAACGUGAAAGCAAAUACCACUUGCAGGAGAGGGUUGACAAAGUAAAGAAGAAAGUGAAAGACGGGAGGCAAAAGUUUAAAGAAUUUGUUCAGGACAGAGAGAAAAGCAUUGACCUUAUUCAGAAGUGGGAGGAGAAGUCCCGAGAAUUCAUUGGAAGUUUUCUGGAAAUGUUUGGUCCGGAAGGAGCACUGAAACACAUGCUGAAAGAGGAAGGUCAGAUGCUGCAGGCCAUCAGUCCAAAGCAUAGCCCCAGCAGCAGCCCUACACAGCGCUCCUCUCCCCUCUUUCGAUGGCUCUUCUCUGCAAGACUUCCCACCUUGUUCCCCAGCAACUUCUCCAGGCACAAGGCUGCAGCCUAUGAUAUCAGUGAGGAUGAAGAAGACUAAUUUUUCCUCCCUCCUUUCCUCUCCUCUCCCUCUGUCCCAUUACCUUCAAAGCUCUCUGCUAGAAUUCCAGACU